CGGGGCGGACGCUCGCCGAGUCGACUGGUAAAAUUGCCAGUUCAGACACACGUGGCAUGACUGUAAGUACUGUCAGCGUGUUCCAAUGUCCAAUAUUCAAGCAUUUCCCCCGGGAGACUGGUGUCCAGCGAGACGGCAAUGGGUCGAAGGGGUGGUUCUCCCCUUCGUCCAUGUCAUUCUCGUCAGACACCCAACUCCACGGAAGGAAUGGCAGGGGUUCACACAUCAGCCACUCCCCCCCACCCACCCACCCAGCCCGGACGCCUCACUCACUUUUUCUUCUUUUUCUUCCUCUUAUUUUUCUUUGCCGCAUCCUCAUCCAGAUCGUUCUGGUUGCCGCCCUGACCACACACAUACAAUCACAUGACACACACACAGAGCAUGACAUGACAACAGCCCGCCUCCCUGCCUCCCUGCCCAUGCACACACGCGCGCACCUGUGGUGUGUUGGCCUCAUCGGCCUGUCGAGCGAUGACGUCAGGAGGGCACUGCACCAGCCCCAUGACCAUGGGAGAGGGCGUGUCGCCGCCACGCGACCCCAUUGACGCACUGCUGCUCGGCUGCUCAGGCUCGUCAGGAAGUUCGAGCGCCGCAGAUGCAGCUGGCUUCUUGGCUGGUGUGUCGGGGGAGUCUUUGUCUUUGUCUUUGAUGGCGUUGGCCUUCCUCCUCUUGUCCUCCUCCUUCUUCAGACCUGCGGGGGCGACAGAGAUUGGUGCAUAAGAGGCGUGGAUGUCUGUGCAUAUGUCACGUGUGUGUGUGUGUGUCGUCCCGCGGCUCAUUCUGACUGACUGAUGUCGAACAUUUUCCUCAUCAUGUAAGCGUCCUCGUUGUCGGCGUAAUACUUGCUCUCUGUCUCGUGGAUCCUACAGAUGGGGCACGGGGAGCCCACAAAGGCAGACAGACACGCACGCAGAUGUCUGUGUGUGCUGACGUGAGUGAGCAUGUGAGCGCACACCACACCUGUAGCCGAGAGUGUCGUGGUACAGGGUAAAUGCCGCCCUGUUGGUCACGCGCACGUGGAGGGACACGUACUCGGCGCCGAAGGUCUCCUCCAUCGCAUGCUCUGCAACAACCACACACAGACACACACACCACACAAGUCCAUGAUCCACACAGACGUUCUCUCUCUCUCCUCUUCGCCUGAUGGCUUACGUGCGGCUUGCAUGAGUUUGGUGGCGACGCCCAUCUUCCGGUGGGACCUCAGGACGGCGAGGGAGGUGAUGUGGCCGUGCUUCUGCUCCGAAUCCUCCUCCCUGACACACAAACAUGCACCGCACCCCGAACACGACAUGCGCCAUCCAUCCUUUCUCCGCCCACGCAUCACAUCAUCUGCCAGCCCACAUUUUGGCGAGUACGUAUCCGACGAUCUUGCCGCCGUAGUCCUCCGCCACGUACAGCAGCUGAGGCCACGAGAGGGCGUGGUAGAGGUAGUACUUCAUCUGGUAGUUCUCUGACAACCAACACAGUCAAGGCGUGUGAGAAGGACAAACACACACCUGCAGCGAGCGCCUCUUGGUGUGCAUCUGUCUGUCUGUGGUAGCUACCUGGGAGGCAGCAGAGGUUGGCGUGCUGCAUCGCCGGGAGGUCGUCUAUCCUGCACACACCACACACAUGUCAGUCAGUCAGUCGGUCAGAUGAGAAGAGAUGCUGGUUUGAUUGCCCCCGCUCUACGCCUUGUCAGCCAUCUCACGUUGCAGGACGAAUCGACACCAUCCUUGAUGAUUUGGAGAGACGAAAAGAUCUGUGCAGGGU